AUGCAGUCUCCGACACACCUCGAGCGUUCUCAGUCGCGCGGCCGCGGAUUCGAAUCGUCUGGACGUGGAGGCCUAGGCAACAUCCGCGCUUCAUCUGCGAGCCGCGAUGGACGCCCCGUCGAUGGCCCCGACGACUUUUCCGUCACGCGUGGACGUGAACCUCUUCCUGCAAGUGUGACCGGCACAUACACUUCCUCUGGAAGGGGCGGCGCCGGUAACAUACACUCGCCUUCGCGCACCCAUGAGGGCUCCGCGGCGGGGUACGAUGCCGAGCGGAUCCGCACAAUCGACGAAGCAAACGAGACCGGUGUGCACAGCACAGGACGGGGAGGAGUAGGAAAUAUCGUGCGCUCGGACUCCCGUUCUCAAUCACGCUCUCGUUCGCGCGGGCCCGCUCGCCACAGCAUUGGUAGAGGAGGAGCCGGUAACAUCAAGGCAGGCGAGCCGAGCGAGAUGACUAUCCAUGAGGUUGAGGAUGCUGAGCGUCAGGCUCAUUACCACGAACCGGGCAUGCAUUCUACGGGGAGGGGCGGACUUGGAAACAUCGCGCCUGAUGGCGGACCACGAGUAGAGGCCGUUGGUGCCGCCGGUCACCCUACGGAGAACCAAGAGUACACCAGCUCUGGACGCGGAGGCGCGGGCAACAUCCGCCAGCGCUCAGGCUCGCGCGAGCCGAGCAAAGUUUCCGCGUUCUUGCAUCGCCUGGGACAUGGCAAGGACGGUGAGGUCGAGGCGAAGUAG